AUGAGCAGUAAACGCCAGAAGCGAUGCUAUGACCCGAGUCAGGGAGCUCCGAUUGUUUGGGUGAAACAGGGCAAGGCGCAGCACAUGGCGUACCUCUUGAAGGAUGCUGGCGACCACAAGUACGUUCGUUGGGCUUCCAACUUGGCCAACGAAUGGGUCGAAUCGAGCACUGUGGAAUCACAGGUAGAAGGGAGGGCUAGCCGUCGCCGAGGGAAUGUGAACUACAACACAAGCUCCACCACCCCUACAAGUGCCAACAGCACCGAGCCGUCGCGGCCCAAACGGGGUGGUUCUCGAGCAUCCCAAAAGGUAGAUUAUAAGAGUCAAACAGCGGAGGAAGAAGACGAAGAAGAGUUUGAGUGGGACAACGACGCUGCUCCGCAAGAUGACGACGAAGAGGAUGGCGCAUCGUCAACAAGAGUACCAAGAAAGCGCUCCACCAAGGGAAAUAGGAAGGAGCGAAACAAGAAAGAAGUGGCUUCCAAAAAGAAAGAGGCUCCGGAUCUAGAUGAUAGUAGUCUACUAUCAAGCGACAGGUCUUUCAAGAAGAAGAAAAAGAAAAAGAGGAGGCGUGAAGAGGAAGAAGAGGAGAAACCUGCCGAGGAGAUCCGCCUUGAAGAGAAGGAACAAGUGAAAACAGAGGAUGCUGCCAUGAGGAAAUCCAAGCGUCCGCGCGUAACAAUUCAAGAGGAGGCAGCCAAACCUGCGGAUCCGCCUGCUGACGAGGCAAUUCAAACUCCUGUGAAAGCGGCUCCUUUGGAGGCGAACAAAGCUGCCGCUCCGCCACCAGAGCCAGUCAGGACGCCGAAUAGAAACACAAAAGACUACCCUGUCAACACGGAUUCAAUUAUGACUGGAGCUCCCGUUGCAAAGAGAACCAAGAAAAGGGGUUGGAUCUCGGGCAUUGUCACGGCAGUGAAUGGUUCUAUUUGUUAUGUCAGGUGGACGUGCACUGGUAAAGUCGAUCAGCUAGAGAAGAAAGAUAUGGCAAAGAUGAUAUACGACGCGGACACUAGUAAGCAUCCCGUGGGGUCAAAAGUCAAAAAGGAAUUCACAGAUGGCGAAAGUUAUUCGGGAAGGGUGGUUUCAAUCGACAAUUCUCUCUAUAAGAUCGAGUACAAAAAUCCACCGUGCUUUCAGAUUUUGGGGCUCUCGGAAUUGGACCAAAUUAUCAAGUUGAAAAACAACAAGCAACCGGUAGCAAGUGCCGCUUCAGCUCCGGGAGCAAAGUUGGAUUCUCCGGGCUCUGCAGCACGCGACAAGAUACAAACACCCGGGGAAAGCACCGCCGCUGAAGUCAAGAAAAACAAGAAGCGAGACCCCAGCGCGUCUCCGGCGUUGGCGCACAAGGACAUUUUCGGAGUGGAGCACAAGAAAUCACCGUCGCCAACAAAGACCAAGCCUGAAACUACAACAACAACCAGUACGGAUCCGCCUGAAGCUAAACCUGACGCUCCAUCUGCAGAAUCAAAACUUGGGGAUAACGAUGCAGCGGCGAGUAGAAAGAAGUCCGAGAGUGAUGUUGCAUCAGCUGACAAAAACGACUCUGUCGCAGGAAAGAAGAAAACUGAGGUGGAUGAAUCCAAACCUUUGGCGAUCAAAACUCCAAGCAACGUUGAAGAGGCGGGAAAAGCUACUAGUAGGGCUUUCUCGCCAAUGGACGCAACUGCUCAAAUUCGUACCGUUGCAUCUCGGCUUCAACAGAAUGCCGGCGUUGUGUUGCCCCCCGCGAAAUCGACAUCUUUGGCUGACGCUGCGGGCGAAUCGUGCAAGAAAAAGGAUACUUCUGGAAAAGAACCCGGUCAAUCUGCGCUUACUGCUGCAACCAAAACGACAACAGAUGAUUCCAAGAGUGCUGACGCCCCCACCCAGCCUGAACCAGCUGCCACGAAAAAGGGCGAAAAAGAUUCUACCGUGCUUCCCGAGCCAGUGAAGGCCGACAACAAAGCAGACACCCAAAAAACGGACGCCCCAGAGAAGCUGGCCAAUGUCCUAUCACCAACAAAACCCAAAGCGAAAGCAGUCUCUGGUGCGAAGCAGGACAAUCUUCCUCAACCUGAAAAAAGCAAUGGCAACAAGGAUGUAAAGGUCGAUAAGGCUGCAGCGGAGAACAAAUCAACUUCAAACCGGGAUAGUAGCACCCAACCGCACGAGAAGAAAGAAAUCAAACAUGUCCAGACAAUGAAGUCAGCUGCGACACCAGCCACGGAGAAGUCAUUGGCAGUUAGAGUGUCUUCUAAAACGGAAACAAAAACAGACGCCGGUGCUUCUAAGGAAGGGAAGUCCAAAGCUAUUCCUGACGCUGGCAGCAAACUUUCGGAAACACAGCAAGCGUCUAACGUGAAAGCGGUUGCAGAUGCUGGAAGCACAAGAAAGGCGCUGCCGAACGUUGCAGAUUCGUCUGCGGGUGUGGAUGGCAAAGACACGAAGAAAGAACAGAAAGUGGGCUCGGGUCCUGAAAGAGAACAGGCGGAUACACGCGCAGCUGGGGCAGCGCCGCACGUUGGGGCCAAUAAUUCGGAAUUGGAACGAAGUGCUGGGACUGGGAAGAGCUCACUUCAAAUUAAAGCCACUGCUAAACGGCCGGGCAUGGCUUCCGCGACUGUGCAGGCAGGUGUUUCCGGCAAGAGUAACCCCCCCACUUCAUCCCUUCCAGCUUCAAUGAAGUCAGUGAAGGAAUCCCCUCUUCCUGGAAAGGUUAUCGCAGCAGUAGUACAUGCAGGUGUUUCCGGCAAGAGUGACCGGCCGUCUUCGUCCCUGCCAUCUUCAACGAAGUCAGUGAAUGCCUCCGCUCCUCCUGGAAAGGAUAACGCAGGAGUACAUGCAGUUGUUUCCGGCAAGAGUCACCAGCUGUCUUCCUCCCUUCCAUCUUCAACGAAGUCAGUGAAUGCGCCCAGUCUUCCUGGAAAGGGGACUUCGGGAGUACACGCAGGCGUUUCUGACAAGAUUGUCCAACCAUCUUCGUCCCUUCCAUCUUCAACAAAGUCAGUGAAUGAAUCCACUCUUCCUGGAAAGGUUAAUGCAGAGAGUACAGCAGGUGUUUCCGGCAAGAGUGAUCAACAUGCGGGUAUUGCCGGCAAGAGUUACCCAACGUCCUCCCUUCCAUAUUCAACGAAGUCAGUGAAUGAAUCUGGUCUUCCUGGAAAGGUUAACGUGGGAGUACAUGCGGUUUCCGGCAAGAGUGACCGACCAUCUCCGUCCUUUCUAUCUUCAACGAAGCCAGUGAAUGCGUCCGCUCUGCCUGUAAAAGUUAACCAGGGAGCAACUACGCUAGAGGCGCAAAAAGGGGCCCAAACAAUGUCAAAAUUAUCAAAAGAACCAAAGGCGACCGUCGCACCACUUGUGUCGACAGUUAAGACCCAACAACCUGCCUUGACAUCCAACCAAACAGCUGCGUUAUUCGAGAAAGUGAAAUCUGGCGCACCCAGUGUGCCAAAGGUCACCCGACCUUCUAAAGGAAGGUCAACUUCGGAGGGUAAGGCAGGCCCUAAUAUUAAGACUUCCAGUGGAUUUCCCGUCAAAGAAUCUGAAGCCGCGAGCAAGAAGAGGAAGCUCGUGAAAAGUCAUUCUACUCCAACUAGCCCUUCGACGGCCCCGAAGAAAAGGAAACUUUUGGAAGGAGACGCUAAGCGCAAAAAAGCGAAAUCAGAGACUGCCAAGAACAAAGCAAUUUCUGCCCUUCCAGUUAAAGGAAAUUCCGAUGUCAGCGCGGCAGCGUCUAGCCAUGCAAAUGAAGCCCCCGGGACGAGCAAAGUUGCGCUUGUGGCAGACAAGAGCAAAGCCACACAACCGUCAGGAGGUGCUGCUGCAAAGCCUGGAAAUGCAGCUCAGGCUAAGCGGACGAUUUACUCAGUGCUGGCGGGUAAGCCGAAUCCGGGCAUGACCCAAGGGAAGCCAACAAUUUCAUCAUUGCUAGCUGGUGUUCCUAGUUCUUCAAUGGAAUCUGAGGGGAAACGCACGAUUUCUUCGGUUCUAGCUGGUGCUCCUACCACUGCAAACGAGGUUCAAGGCAAAAGAUCGAUUGUGUCGGUACUUCUGAGCCGCCCACCGGACCGAAAAAAGCAGGUUGCUCCUCUGCCUAUCGGUAAAGGAAAAGGCAAAGCUGAAAUGCCUGCUGACAAGAACGCCUCGACUCCUGUACCUCCGGCAGCACAAACUAGGUCAGAGUCUGUGAAGGCAACGGCACCAUCGACAACCGCCAACACCAAGCCAAGUGAAACAAGCAAACUCGGUGCUAAGUUGCCAGAGAACGCUGGUUCAGGGGCUACGAACCCAACAAUCGCUUCACAAGCGGCUCCGGUGCCUACUGCAAUUCAGCAAUCCGUGGCAGCGGCGCAGGGAGUGUCGCAAUCUCGUCAAGCAUACGCAACGACGGGAUCGAUGGCGAUGCAGCAGAAUGCUUGGGCCAUGAGAAACAGAUCGAACUUGACCCAGAACCAGGUCCAAAGUGGCACCAAUGGUGCUGGUACCUCCUCUCAAGCUCAGGGCGGGGUAUCAAGUUCUCAGCCUACAGACUACAGUAUUCGGCAACGGUUGGCCUUGGAGAAUCUAAUUCGACAGCAGAACCCAUCAUUGUAUUAUGCGUUGGCGCAACCAAACCUCGCCUCAAGUAUAUCGAGAGGCAAUAUGCAGCAAGCUUUUGCGGCUAACUACGGUGCCCUUAUGGGCAAUAUGCAGCAAGCGAGGGCGCCAGCUGCACCGACGCAAGUCAGCUCUACUGCGUCCUUGGCAGCUUACAUUUCCCAGAACCGGCCUCGACAAGCCGGGCAGAUGGACCCUCCUGGAGUCUCACCGCAAACGAAGCGGCCAGGUUAA